AAUAUUUGCAGAUGGGGCGGCGGGCAGAGACGAUCAUCCUGCCACUAGAGCUCCUCCGCCAUUUAAAACCAUCAGAAUUCAGCGACGCACACGAGUACCAUCAAUGGCAGAAGCGGCAGCUCAAAAUACUCGAAACGGGGCUCAUAAUCCACCCUUCAAUCCCGCUCGACAAAUCCGACACGUCAGCCGCAAAGCUGAGGGCCAUCCUCAAAUCCGCCGAGACAAAGGUGGUGGACACGGGCAAGAACUCCGAGACCAUGCGGGCCCUCUGCAACGCCGUGGUUGCACUUGCAUGGAGGAGCCCGGAUGGCGGGCCCACCGACAUCUGUCGGUGGGCCGACGGGUACCCACUCAACGUCGAGAUAUACCUCUCUUUGGUCCGCUCUAUAUUUGACACGAAAGACGAGACUUUGGUGCUCGAUGAGGUCGACGAGCUGCUCGAGCUUAUGAAGAAGACGUGGUCGACUUUGGGGAUGAAUCGGUCGAUGCAUAAUUUGUGCUUCGCUUGGGUGCUUUUCGAACAGUAUGUCGUGACGGGACAGUGCGAGACCGAUCUCCUCGGGGCGUCACUUACGAUGUUGGCCGAGGUAGGUAAUGAUGCUAAAAAAGUCGAUAGAGAGGAAGUUUAUGUGAAGAUGCUUGCUUGUGUUUUGAGUGCAAUGAAGAAGUGGUGCGAGAAGAGGUUGCUCGAUUAUCACGGGAAUUUCGACAAGGGCACGGUUGGAAUUAUGGAAAGUAUAGUCCCUUUGGUUUUCUCAGCCGGCAAGAUACUUGAAGAGGAUGUUCCGUGCUAUGUUACUUCACCGCAGGAAAAGGGAGACGAUUAUUCGAGCGGGAACAAAGUCGAUUAUUACAUUCGAUCGUCUUCACGAAACGUUUUUGCCAAGAUGCUCGAGGACCAAAACGCAAACGGUACGACAAUAAUCGAGGCGGCGAAGGUGAGCGAGGUGCUGAUAAAACUGGCAAGAGAAACCGAAGAACUGGCGUCGAAGGAGAAGGACAUCUUCAGCCCGGUUCUGAAGAAGUGGCACCCGGUCUCCGCCGGCGUCGCCGCCGCGACACUCCACAGCUGCUACGGGACUCUGCUGAAGCAGUACCUGACGGGGGUUUCGUCUUCCUCCUCCUCCUCCCUCAUGAACGAAACCAUCCUCGUCUUGCAGAGGGCCGGAAAGCUCGAGAAGGUUCUUGUCCAAAUGGUCGUGGAGGAUUCCGCCGACUGCGAGGACGGCGGCAAGGCGGUGGUGAGGGAGAUGAUCCCGUACGAGGUUGAUACCAUUAUACUCAAAUUGCUGAAGCAGUGGAUCCAGGAGAAGCUCAAGUUGGGGAAGGAGAAUCUCCAGCGUGCAAAAGAAACCGAAACAUGGAAUCCCAAGUCCAAAACAGAGCCUUAUGCACAUUCAGCUUCAGAGAUGGUCAGAUUUGCCAAGGAAUCUAUUGAGAGUUUCUUCGAGAUCCCGGUCAACGUUUCCGAGAAUUUAGUCUACGACCUCACCGACGGCUUAGAGCAUCUCUUCGGAGAUUACAUCACGUUCAUCGCAUCGUGCGGAUCGAAACAGAGUUAUCUCCCAACGCUUCCUCCACUAACACGUUGCAACCGCGACUCGAAGUUCCUAAAACUAUGGAAAAGAGCCGCAUGCAAAGUCGGACUAGAGGAUCCAAGCCAUAGCAUGCACGGAGAGUCCGACCAAGCCAACCACCCUCGCCCCUCCACGAGCCGCGGGACCCAACGCCUCUACAUCCGCCUCAACACCUUGCACUACAUCCUCUCCAAGCUCCACUCCCUCGACAAAACCCUAUCCCUCUCUCCGAAAGUGACCCCGCCAAAAACCCGCUUCGGGAACCGGCGGCAGCUCGGCAGUUCCUACUUCGAGCACAGCCGUUCCGCCAUAAAGGCCGCCACCCAGCACGUCUCCGAGGUGGCGGCCUACCGGUUAAUAUUCCUCGACUCGGGCCCCGUUUUCUAUAGCAGCUUGUACGUCGGAGACGUAGUGAACACGCGUAUAAAGCCCGCCUUGAGAAUACUCAAACAAAAUUUGACUCUUUUAUGCGCAAUAGUGACCGAUAGGGCUCAACCGUUGGCUUUGAAGGAAGUGAUGAGGGCUUCGUUCGAGGCGUAUCUAAUGGUUUUACUGGCCGGUGGCGGAUCAAGGAUUUUUUCGAGAUUGGACCAUGCGAUGAUCGAGGAGGAUUUCGAGAGCUUGAAGAGGGUUUUCUGCGCGUGCGGCGAGGGUUUGAUGGGGGAGGAUGAGGUGGCGAGGGAGGCGGAGACGGUGGAGGGGGUGGUGGCGUUGAUGGGGGAGUCGACGGAGAGGUUGGUGGAGGAUUUUACAAUCGUGGCUUGCGAGUCGAGCGGGAUGGGGGUGGGGGUGGCGGGGUUCGGGCGGAAGCUUCCAAUGCCGCCCACAACCGGGCGGUGGAACCGGACGGACCCGAAUACGAUUUUGAGGGUGCUUUGUCAUAGGGAUGAUAGGGCGGCUAAUCACUUCUUGAAGAGGACGUUUCAUCUUGCGAAGAGGGGUGGAUCUUUAGGGUGAUCGAUCGGUGGUGAUCUAAACGACUGCGUAUUGAAAACGAAUCGAAAAAAAAGGAAGGGGAUUUCUUGAUUUAUUAUAUAUAUGGAGGAAAAAUGUGCAACUUAUAUGUAUGUAUGGUUUUGUGAAGAAAAGUUUGAAGUGUUUAACACAUGUUGAUAUACAUUCUAGUGGUAAAGUCCAAGACAACUAUAGAGAUUGGGAAGACCACUUGUGCUAUAUUUUGUGUCUUCUUUUAUUUAGAGCUAGGUUAUAUAGUUGUGUGAAUAUUGCAAUAAAGUGGGAUUUUAUUUUAUUU